GGUAUAUAAAGGGGUAGAUGUUUCCUGUGAAUUGUACACAGGCACCAUGGGCAAGCUUCUGAUUUGUGUUGGACUGGCUCUCCUGCUGCACGUGCAGCUUGGAUCCUCCUACAUCUUGUCAUGUUACUUCACCAACUGGGGACAGUACAGACCUGGAGCAGGAAAGUACUUCCCCACCAACGUUGACCCAUGCCUGUGUGACCAUCUGAUCUAUGCUUUUGCUGGAAUGAACAACAAUGAGAUUGCAACCUAUGAGUGGGAUGAUGUGAAGCUUUAUGGAGAGUUCCAGGCCUUGAAGAACCAGAACAGCAACCUGAAGACCCUUCUAGCUAUCGGUGGCUGGAACUUCGGCACAGCCAAGUUCUCUGCCAUGGUGGCCACCUCUGCUACCCGUCAGACUUUCAUCAGCUCUGUCAUUACGUUCCUGAGGCAAUAUGAGUUUGAUGGUCUGGACAUUGACUGGGAGUAUCCUGGUUCCCGUGGUAGUCCUCCUCAGGACAAACAGCUCUACACCACCCUGGUUCAGGAAAUGAUGGCUGCCUUUGUGGCUGAGGGCCAAAAGACCAACCGUCCUCGUCUUUUGUUGACCGCUGCUGUCUCUGCUGGCAAGGCCACCAUUGACUCCGGAUACCAGAUUGCCCAGAUUGGCCAGGUUCUGGACUACUUCCAUGUCAUGACCUAUGACUUCCAUGGGUCUUGGGAGCAGCAGACUGGUGAGAACAGCCCUCUGUACAGUGGACCAGCUGAUCAGGGAUCUUACGUCUACUUCAAUGUGGACUAUGCUAUGAACUACUGGAAGAGCAAUGGUGCUCCUGCUGAGAAACUGCUUGUUGGAUUCCCCACCUAUGGACACACCUUCAUGCUGGCUGGCUCUGCAAACACUGGUGUGGGAGCUCCCACUGCUGGACCUGGACCCGCUGGGCCUUACACCAGGCAAAGUGGAUUCUGGGCUUAUUAUGAGAUCUGUACCUUCCUGUCUCAAGGAGCCACUCAGGCUUGGGAUGCACCUCAGGAUGUGCCAUAUGCCUACAACAGCCAGAACGUUUGGGUUGGCUAUGACAACAUUAAGAGCUUCCAGAUCAAGAUUGACUGGUUGAAGAAAAACAACUUUGGAGGUGCUAUGGUGUGGUCUCUGGACCUGGAUGACUUCAGUGGCACCUUCUGCAAUCAGGGCAAAUACCCUCUGAUCAACACCAUCAAGAGUGGCCUGGGAACUGGCCAGAGUUGUUCCGCUCCCGCCCAGCCUCUACCCCCUGUCACUCCUGCCCCAGCUACUGCUGCCCCUGCUCCUCCUAGUGGUGGUAGCAGCAGUGGUGGUAGCAGCAGUGGCUCAAGCAGUGGCAGCGGCUUCUGUGCUGGCAAGGCUAAUGGACUUUAUCCCGACCCCAGCAACAAUAACCAGUUCUACAACUGCAACAGUGGCGAGACCUACUUAGAGCACUGCGCCACUGGCCUGGUCUUUGAUGCUAGCUGCUCUUGCUGCAACUGGUCUUAAAUCCAAGUUUAUAAAUCUGAGUACCUAUGAAGUGCUCUUGUCUUGAUUGAUCUGAUUGGUCUUUAGUCAUGUUAAUCUGUAUUCUGAAAUAAAAAUAAACCAGCAAAGCCAAACUGUACUUGUGGUUUCAUCUGU